AUGGAUUUACCCCGACUGCUCCUUCUCCUCCUGUGUGCACUUCACCUCACCUGUAAGUACUGACUGUCUGAUACUUUGCUAAAGCUGAUGUGAUGUUUGUAGAAGAGGUUUAAAUGCCGCUUAUCUGCAUGACUCUGAAACAUGAGAGGAAUGAUGCUGGAAGUAGUCAUUUCUUCACAUGGAUUUUUUCAAUGAAUAAGGGGAAACUUGCUGUUCGUAUAAUUAAAUCAAAAUGUUUUCAUGAAAAUUUGAAUAUGAAUAUUUUAAGAUGUUCAUACAGCGUUUAAAAUAGUCACAAAUCUGUUAAGGCCUUGGUAACUGCUGAAAAAUGCUUUUCAUAAACAAAUGGUCGAGUAAAAGGGAUAAAAUAUCAUGUUUUCAUCAGUCCUGAAGUGCUCAUGCUGGACCAUAUCAUGCUCUUGGCAUUCACUGUGAAAAAAAAACUAUCAAACUAACAAGAUGUUUGUUAUUUUUCUAGUGACCAGAGUGCUGAGCAAACACAUAGAUCACAGAAACCUGUUCACGCAGAGAGUGUGCUGCAAAAGACAGAGCCACUUUGUUUACAUCGGACAAGGUAAGCUCCUAUUUUUAUAUUUUAAAGGUGACUUUACCUUUACUGAUUAACGCAUGUUGUUGCCUGAGGUUGUCUAAAAGAAGCAGGACUGUACUAAAUAACACUGAUUGAGAUAUUGCAAUGCAAAUGCAAGUAUUAACAUUGUUUGAUUGAAUGUUAUUUUUAUAUCAAAUUGACUGUGUGUGUGUUUUUGUGCUUGUUGUGUUUCUCUUACUGCAGACAUCUCUGGGAGUCCUGUCAGUGUUGAUGUGGGGAUUUGCAGGUCUCACUGUGGGGGAGCAGUCAGGCCAUCACAUGAAGCACUGCAGCAGGAAUACUCCAAACACUCCUCAAUGCUGGAAUUUCUCAGGAGCAAAAAGGUAAGUGAAGUUCCCAGGGUUGACCACUGGGGGAUGCUGUUACUUUCACUGUCGAGUUUAUUUUUUCCUGAAACUUAAAAAUAGAGAUAGAUUAUUUAAGAUAUAUGGUUAUGAAUUGGGUGCGUGAUAUAAAUCAUUUAAGGAUCAUGCUUUUGUGGAAUUAUGUGGAAUUUUUACACAGUCCAAACUAAAUGGGUUUGAAACAAGUAACUCCAAACUUGAAGAAUUAAACAUUAACAUAUAGGAAUAUGUUUCAACAUGUCUCAAACUGUGUCAUCUCUUACCUUUCAUAAGAUGAGGACACGACGGCCCACUCCCCCAGAGAGCCCGGAGCCGCUGAACCAGCUGCCCUCCUGCGGGAUACACCAGGUGUGCGAGCCGACCGGGAUGCGUGUUGACCGGGUCCUUCUGUUCGAGGGGCCCCGGGACGUGGAGGUGAUCCAGGAGUGCCAGUGCGACGUUAAGGUGAACCAGUGCAUCCGCGUCCCUGCGCUCAAGACCUACUACUCCGAUACACCGUAUGAAGCGGUCAUCGACGUGGGAGGAUGCUCCAGGUCGAAGGGCGCACCAGGUUAGUAUGUUUACCUGUGGAAAACAAAAAGAGGGGCUAAUUAUUAAUAUUACAUUAUUGUUAAAAAUGGCUUUCAUAAGACCAACAAAAAGUUAGUCUCCAAACGAAAAGGGCACUUAAAGAAACUUUUGGCAAUAUCAGAAGUUUUUCAAAUCGUGCUUGAGGGUGUGACACUAAAGUGGUUCGUUUUUUUCUGAAUUAUGAUGUUAUUUUUUAUCAUUCAACACCCUUAAAUAUUGUACUUUUCAUUUUAAUUUUAAUCAACCCUUUUCUAUUUAUUACUGUACAAAUAAGCCUUAAAAAGUCCCCUAUUAUGCACAUUGCCACCAUGUUAAUAAAUUGACAGGCAAUGGCUGAAUUACAGUAAACCAUAGAACCAGCAUGUUGUAUUUAUGCUGCUCCUAUAGACCCACCAUCAAAUGACGCUUACACUGCAAGCCUUAUACUGGAAUCAAGUCUUAGAUUUAAGUUAUGUGUAUGAGAAAAGUCUUGUCAAAAGUAUAGGUCUGCUAAAUUUACCAAUACGAACAACAACUUUCCAGCUUUAGAGCACAAAGGACCUUAUAAGUUACUUUGAUUUGUUUAAAAAGACCUGCCAAGCAGUUUAACCACAAAAUCAAUCCUGUAAUUGUAUUCAUGUUUUACUUUCCUUUAUCUAACCUUCACAGAGGGCUUCUCCUGUGUCCCCACCAAGUUUGACUCAGCCUUGGUGGAAACUCCCAACAAAGUGGACCUCAUCCAGACGGUGUCGGCCUGUGAGCUGAAGGAAAGCUGCUACAGGGUCCCAUAUGUGGAGUAUUACUAUGAAAUAGUCCAGCAUGGAGAUGGAGUCAAAGAAGAAAAACUUAAAGUAAGUGGAAAAUAACAAUAAAACAUAGUCUCUUAAUUUGAUUUACUUUUCCCUGACUCUUAUAAAUCAGCAAUAUUGUUCACAAACCUGUUUAAAUCCAAUUUCAUCCCUCAUUCCAGCUUUUUUAAAAGUUGUGUUUCUUCUUUGAUAAGCAUGGCAUACUUGACACUUGAGGAGCGAUUCAUUUGUGAUGCAGAUUUCACACUUUCUUUUGUAACUAAGUUUAGAGGAAACGGGGGCUGGAGUUGGGUGCCAGACAGUAAUGAAGUGUCUUUAUUCAUCAGACCUGUGUGUGGAAGACGGCACUCAAUCAAGCUAAUCCACUGACUGCUGUCUGCUCUGCCAGACUCCAGGAUGUGUUUUAUGCUUAUUCGGACACAAUCCACAAUAAUAAAAAAAAAUCCAUGCAAAACAGGUUAAUUUGAGGUCAAAUGUAAUCUACAAAAAUACCCACAUGUAAAUAGACUUUCGACCAUGUAGACAAUGAGGUUAUAAAUGCAUUAAUCUCCUUUAAAGCUCUAUUUAAAGCUCAAAUCCACAAUUCAAAACCUCAAAGAUUCAAAUAGGUUUGUGUAAUUUUUUCAUGGAGUUCAUGAGAGAAUCAUCAUUUUAGAUUUAGUUUUGGCUCUUAGUUCAUCUUGAAUUAUAGGACACAGUUGGUCAGCCCCAGCACCAAAGGUGUGAGAGCAGCACAAACACAAAUGGUCCUGCAGGUGACGAAAGAAAGCUGUUAACAUGCUAAACGGCAUCUAGACUGUGUCAAUAUUUGUGACCAUGCUGUGAGCUGACGGCCCUAUCUCUGUGUUGCUAAUUUUCCACAGGAAAUAGAUGUGGGCAGAUGUUUGGGAGGCUGCACUACAGGAAAACGCUGCCUUCUCAGGUAAGUACGAACACAGCUGCGACACACACCGAAACACAAACCUCCUCGGUGACACUCGUAACAAUUGACUGUGAAUUCUGACACUUUCUACACCCAACAUGCCGGCUGUUUUAGUUCAGCUCCUACACCAAAUGUCCCUCUUUUACCCUCUGCCUCAUAUUUGUUUGAUAUUCAAGCAAAAUUCAAAACAUAUAAUUCAGUCUAUGAUAAUCAAGAAAACAUUAAUAUUUUACGUUUUAGUUUCAUCAUCAAAUGGUUAGACUUGGUCCAUGUAAAUUCUCAUUCAUCCAGGUCAUGGUUACCUUGAAGACUUAAAAACAGGCAACUUCUUAACUCUACACAGUCCAGUUGCCUGUUUUUAAGUCUUCAAGGUCAGACUUGGGUUUGUUUGUUACAAAAAUACAUGAUCAAUUUGAAUUUCUAUAAUCUGUCACAUCUCGUUUUUCCACUCUGCUAGCAGCAAUAUUAGUUUAUUGAAAUAUAAUUUUAAGUUGAUGAAAUUAAAGGCUGGAAAGUCAGUAUAAACUUCUUCUGCACUGAAUUGAACCUAUUACGUUUAACACUACAUGAGAAGAUAAAACUCUGUGAUGGUACAGCUGCUCAAUUCUAUCAUGUACACAUAUUUACAAUAAUAUGUGCUGAGGCUCAGUUUUCUGAGAUCCAACCUGAUAUCUUCAGUGUCAUCUCUCAGGGCCAUGCUAUAAAGCUUUAGCUGAUGUAAUGCAAAUCUAUUAGCUUGAAAUACUUCAAUAAAUUCUUGACAAAAGCACAGCUUUUACAGAAACCUUCAGGGUUUUUUUUGGGGGGGGGGGGCUAAAAUUGACAGUAAAAAAUGUAUUUCAUGUAACUGUAAAGUAAUCACAGGUCGUAACAUCUAACUGAAUUUAAAAAAAUGUCCAUUUUCUGCUGCAGGAGUCCAUCUGAUCCAAAAAUCUGCCACUUAUGGGCGGACAGAGAGUCCAGUUCCUGUGUUCCUCAAGGCCAUGAGAGUCACAGCUUCCUGAACCAGCACGGAGAGAUCCGCACGGUCCACUCCAUCACUUCCUGCCUUUGCCAGAACUGAACACUGCACCCACUCUUGGAAAACCACCGCCUGGUCCCCUAAGAAGACUGUGAAAUGUUGAAAUUCAGAGACCCCCUCCCUUCACUGCAACAGUUGUUUAAGAA